AUGUCGCGCGUCUUAGUCAGUAAAAUAAUUACCUCUAUUGGAGAGGCAAUUUCGAAGUUUAUGAGUAUUGGGGAUGUUCACGGAGACAUUAAUACGGUCGAAGGCCUUCCGCCCGCAUUCAAAGAUGUUAACAAACACAUACCGACAGUCUGCGAGGCGCUUACAGCGGCCCAAGGCCAUAUACGAGAUAGGAAAGAGGACAGAAUUUCCACAGAAAUGACAUCUACUGUGGAAGAGUGCAAGAUAAAAGCGACUCGUUUAGCGGCGUUGUUUCUGAACGUCGUUCCGCAGGAAACAGAUGACAGGGUGAAAUUCUAUCACAUUGCUGUGCGCCAGCUGGGCGAGAGGAGUCGCGUAGAGACUCUCAUGAAAGACGCAAUGGAGGCCAUAAAGGUCUUAUUGACAGUGGACGAUGAGAUGAAAGAGGCGACAAAAUCACAACUUAAGAAACUAGUAGAAGCUCUACAGGAGGUAUCAGCAAUCCCGCAAUCGCUGCAAGACGAGAGCUCGUCUCAAGGGAGUGGUAUCAACAACUAUGGAUCGGGUCCCCAAAAUGUGAAUACCGGUUCUGCACCCCAGUACAACAACAAUGGUAACGCGCCGCAAAUAAAUGGUGGCUCGUUUAAUGGCGUCAACCCUUUCUCUCAGAAGUAA